UAGAGUUUGAGACUUGUUUGGUCAUUUACAAACUAAAUACACAAACAAGAGGGUAAGCUUUGUUCACAGAGAGAUCAACAAUGGCGUCGCAAACCGCAGCAGUACCGUUCUGGAGAGCUGCAGGGAUGACCUAUAUAACAUAUUCAAACAUAUGCGCGAAUCUUGUGAGAAAUUGCUUGAAAGAGCCUCACAAGACCGAAGCACUCACAAGAGAGAAGGUCCAUUUCUCUCUCUCGAAGUGGACCGAUGGCAAGCCCCAGAAGCCCACCCUCCGUUCGGACACGCCAGAAGACUGAUUUGUGGAUUGGGUUCUACAGUUUUUGUUCAUGGGGUUUGUGAUGCUUAAACUUGGACCAUUUUGGUUUUUGCAUUUUAUUGCUCUUGUAAUAAUGUAACUUGCAUUAGUCUAUUGCAAUACGUUGCUUAUCAUUCUAAUGGAAAUCUAAAUGGGAUGCUCCCUACUUUUUAAGUGA